AUGAAUGAGUACCUUGACCUCGGCUAUAUGGAACAGGUCACAGAGGAUCAGGACUCUUCUGACGGAUACUACCUGCCUCACCAUGGGGUUAUAAAGGUUUCCAGCGAAACCACAAAACUAAGAGUGGUUUUCGACGGGUCAGCAGGUACAUCUUCCGGACUCUCAUUGAAUGACACCUUGCACACAGGGCCGAAGGUUCAGGAAGACCUGUUGUACAUUCUCCUACGAUUCCGCUUAUACCGCUACGUCAUAACAGGGGACAUCGAAAAAAUGUACAGGCAGUUUUUGGUGCGUGAAGAGGAUCGUAAAUACCAGCGAAUACUUUGGCGCGAUUCCUCUGACAGGAUUACAACAUUCCAACUCAAAACUGUCACAUUUGGACUAUUAGCUGCUCCGUUGUUGGCUAUUCGUUCACUAGUCCAGCUCGCCCACGAUGAAAGACAUCGCUUCCCGACGGCAUCGAACAUUCUGUUGCGCGACUUUUACGUGGACGAUUUACUCACAGGAGCUACGACAAUAGAAGAGGCACGCAGGAUCCGCAAAGAGUUGACAUCGCUAUUAGAUACAGCCAAAUUGAAUAUUAGACAAUGGGUAUUGUUAAAUUAUUAA